AUGUACCAAAGCGCAGCUGGCACGACGAAGAAGCAGAUAUCUAUAGCAAAGUACGCGCCGGACGCAGAUUUCCAUGCCCUCCUUAAGUACGUGGAGACCAACAACGUCUACCAGGUCCGGUCUCGAUUGCGAGAUCGAUCAUCGACCGGUUCGAGCUAUCGACUCGUCGCUACAGCCGAGGAAAAGUACGGCAACACCCCGCUACACAGGGCGGUCUCGCUGGGUUUCGUGGAGAUUUGCAGCGUUUUGCUCGAGGCCGGAGCUGACCUUGAUGCUGUCAACACGAUGGGCGACGCUCCGAUACACUGCUGCUGGCGGUUCUGGAAGGGCGACUCGUGCAAGUACGGCUUGUGGCGGAAGAACCCCUAUCUCAUGACCACAAAAAAGAUGAAAGAGGAUUUCGCUAGAAUGGAAAGAGACAUGCAGAGCACCGUGUCGCUGCUGAGGCUGCUAACACGGGGCGGGGCGGACGUUGAUGCACAGCGCAACAACGGGGAGGUCGCACUGCAUACCGCCGCUCGACGGGGCCCCUUCAUGGCCCUCUGGAUUCUCCUGCUGAGCCAAGCCACCCACGACAUCAUCGACCACCGGAACUUCACCCCGGAGACCGCCGCCAUCAGGGCGGGCAACGAGGACGCUAAGACGCUCUUGGCGACCUGGCCGGUGGCAAGACUCAAGUACCGCAACUCGGAGUUCGUUCAGGAAUGGAUGAAGUUUCUCACCGAUCCGGACGCAAACCUGACCACGGAUCUGACAGCGAAGGAGGUGCUGGCGCAGGUAAGGAUGGAGGAGCACGAAGAGAGCACGGCCGUACGCGCGAGGGGGGGACACUUGCUGGUGGACGAGAUCAUCACGGGACCGGUGCUGAGUGCGGAGCAGAGGGCCCGCGCAAAAUUUAUCAACUUCUCUGCGCCGGACCCGGUGACCGUCGCUUCCACACUUGAGAACAGCGCCAACAAUACAAACAGCGUCAAGUCUUGUUCGGGCAGCAACUGCGGUCCUAGCCCAAGCCCUUCGGGAACGAGGGAAAGCGACGAGGGCGGGCGGAGACGGGGGGGUGAAGAAGGGGACAAGGGAGGCGACAAAGAACAACGGCAACAGAAAACCAAGAGCAAGUUAGGGAAGGAGAUUGAUGUCUACCUCGCCCAGGCGAGGGACGAGGCGGCAGGGAUGCGCGUCGGUGGCCUCACAGGGCAGUCAACGGCGUACUCACGGCUGGUGGCGAAGGAACAGCUCGAGGGGCGCAGAAAUCGUUGGCCAGGGAUACGGGACAACGGCAAAGAUCCACCCACAGGUGGAGCGGGUUCUGGAUGUUCAGGCGACCCCUUCGGGAGGCCGAUGACGACAAGCCAGCGGAGACGUGUCGCCGCUCUUGAAGUUGCCGAGGAUGGGGGUAUAGAGAGCCCGCUCAUUCGCGCAGCAACGUCAUCUGCGCUCCUCACCACGCGGUCUCGGGCAAUGAAGAAAGAGAGCACUCCGCACCCGUUCUACGGGCGGCGGCUGCUGACGCAACGCCUGCUGAACCAGCGAGAAAGGGAGGCGAGCAUCAAGCCCACCGCUACCAUAGGGAUGAACAAGGGUCUAGACCCCGGGGGAAGGAAGCGCGUCUUAUACCUGAACGAUACUCGAACGGCCCUAUCUUCGAAAGCUGCGGAAGGAUCCUUACUUCUCAUGUGCAAUGAUCGAGGGUCCACCUAA